AAUGCACUGGUCAACCAAAGUGUAAGCACUCUAGGAUAUAUUCGUCGCAGACCAAGCAUAGUUACUUGACGUUAUAAACUAAGAGUCCAAGCUCUUCGCUUCGUAAACAAGAAAUACUUGGCGUACGUGCAAUGGUAAAUACAAAGUAGAAACAUGGAAUGUACAAGUAAAAAUCGUACGGCAAUGACUACCAUCUCAGUGAAUGCAAUAUUCACAGUGUUAUUGGUGAUAGGCAUGGCUUAUUUAUCCACUCAAAUCAUGUACCAGCAACAGGAAAUCAAGAAUUUCCGGACCAAGUUGCAGAAAGUCCAGGGAAAGAACGGAAGAAUUCACCUCAGACAAGUAAUUAAUUGAUAGAUUGUGUUUUUUUAAGCGUAGUCAUUAUAAAUAGAUCGAAAGUGAAAGGUCAACUCUCCAACUAUUGUUCUCAAAGCAUUGUAAUUAUUUGGUCAUGGUAAAGUAUUUUAGUUACCUUAAGUUAACUUCAAAACUAUAGAUCGAAAAUUGCAUUGUAGUAUGUAGUAUGUAGUACUUACACAAAGUGAAAAUCAUUUCCAAAUGGCUGUAUAUGUGGGUGUAAUAAUACUAAAAGUUAAUAGCCUAUCAUUGUUUUUUCAAUGCACAGCUGGCUAAUAUGCAAAGAUGCCUGACAAAUGAAAUAUGAUUCAAGAAACAAUUAUAUACCAUGGUGAUUGAUUGUGUGUUUCCAAAGAAAGGCUAUAGGAUUUGCAAUGAUCUGAAUCUAGUGAGACGAAUGUCGGGGUUUAGCUUGCCUGGGCGAGGACCUCGUAGUAGCCAAAAUAACAUCUUUCUCUCGACUGUUGCACGAGAUACACAAGAGUAAUAUAUCUUUCACUGUUCUGUAUUUGAGAAGUUAUAUUGGGUUGAAACGCUCUCUGACCGAGCUACAACUGGAUCAUAACCUUAGCUACCACUGCAUGCAGAUAUAUGUGUACACAAGAUUAAUAAGAUACCUACAUUUACAAUAACAAAGAUAGUUUUGUAGUAAGUAAAUAUGGGCAAUCAAACGAUUCAGACAAACGAGGAGCUAACAUAUUAUGUUAUCUAACUGGUGUAAACGGUAGUGAAAAGAAAUAUAUGUUCUAAAGUCAAAAUGUUGGAAAAUAUUUACUUGAACGACAUUCUGCAUUAAACUUUCUAGAACUCCGAAUCAGCUCAUCUUAUUGGUCGUGGAAACACGAAGGUUCGCUCGAGGCCUCCCCCUGGAGGUAAGAAACACUAUACAUUAUAUUAUACACAUUAUAUAUAUUUAUUAUUGUUGUAUUAAUUUAUAUAAUCUUGAACGCUCUGCAAACAAAAGCACACUAAUGUGUACGGGCAGAAUUAUAGGCUCCAGUAUAGGUCGUCUUUCCAAGUUUUCCAGACGAAUAUAAUAUUGUUUUCAUGGCGUUGAAGAAGAAUAUAAUAUCUAGGCAUUCUAUGCCAGUAAGAAAUUGGUGUAACUCAAGAGAUAUUAGUCUUUAAGUUUAUCCAGGAAAUCGAGAUUAAUUUUUUCUUAGUCUAUUUUUGAAAAUGUAGAUGACAACUUAUUUCUUGGAACUACAACUCGAAUCAGUAGACAGUGUUACAAUUUUCUGACUUUUCCUUUCUUUAGAUGUUUACAGAGUAACUUCCUGGAAGAAACAGCACAUGUCUGGGAACAUGAGUUACGACAACAAUGGCUAUCUUACAGUGAAAGUUGACGGAGUUUACUUUGUUUACACUCAGAUGUAUUAUCAUGACGGUAACAGCAGCUACACCGGUUUUAGUGUAUAUAUUGACAACAAGAGAAUCCUGAAAGCAAUCUACAGUGUUAUUGAUUUGUAUAGACCAUACCACACUCAGUAUAUUGGUGGUGUUUUUAAGAUCACCAAGGGGCAGAGAAUAUGGGUGGGGACAACGAUAACACGACUAUACUAUUUCAACGAGUUUUCAUCCUUCUUUGGUGCCUACAUGUUACACUCAUUGCCUUGACUUCAGUUGUUCUAUUUAUAGAGAGAACAAAACUUACAUUGCAAUACAAUGAUUUUGGGCAUCUCAAAGACAUUAUAUAUAGGACUGUGUAGGUCUCGUUAAUGUAUAAAAUUUACACUCGAAAUUUCCAUCUACAAAUCCCUUCUACAAGACCGAGUGUAAAAGCCUAAAAUUCUGUAGCUAUAUAAAAAGAACUUGUGGUUAGGACUCGACAACUGGCCUUUGUAGCUCAGUUAGUUAGAGCGCUGUACUGGAUCGCAGAGCCGCAGGUUCAAUUCCUGCUCAGAGGUAUAUACAGUUCGCAACUGUUCUUGGUUAGGUCAGUCUGAUAAAUGUAUAUAGUUCACCAUGCAUCCACAGCAUUCUUCUUCAAUGAUGUAGAUACCCAAAAUCCGCCUAAUUAAAAAACAACAUGUAAAUAAAAGUCCUACGUACAUAUGAUAUAUACACUUCAUCACAUUUUGUACAGUAUAGCUGUACUCUGUAGCUAUUGAGAAUGCAGGUAAUCUGAAAAAACUAUAAUUGUCGUGCAAUGCUAUAUAGUAAUUAGUUUCUUUUAAAAAGAAUUGUACAUAAACAAUUUUCAUUUGCGCAUUUGGCAAAAUUCUUGACUAUCGCUACAAUCUCAAUGCAUUCAUUAUUUGUGUUUUAUAAAAAUGACAGCCAAUAUAAAUAUAAUUUUA